AUGAGAAGACUAGCUGCGUUUGCAGAUUGUUUUCGGGUUUUCUUGGUCUUUGUCAACACAAGUCGUGGCAUUGGCGAGGCAGGUGCUUUGACACCAGAUUUUGCGGAGGCAUCUAUUGCGAUAGACUCCGUCUUUCAGAUUCUAGAUCGGAAAACCAAAAUCGAUACCGAUGAUAAGGUAGCAGAGGUGGUAACACUAGUGGCUGUGGUAGGUCAAAGUGGGAGCGGAAAAUCAACCAUUGUGGGACUGAUAGAGCGCUUUUAUGACCCAUCGAAGGGCACUGUUUACAUCGAUGGAAAAGACUUGAAAAAAGUAAAUUUGCAAUCCAUUAGAAGUCAUAUAAGCUUGGUCAAUCAGGAGCCAACCCUGUUCGCAAUGUCAAUCCGAGAUAAUAUUGUGUAUGUUAAGGAUGGAGUAACAGACGCUGAGAUUAUAGAAGCUGCAAUGACUGCAAACGCCCACAAUUCACUUCCAGAUGGUUAUUCGACCUUUCCUGGCGAGAGUGUCCUCCAGCUAUCAGAGUCGGAGCGAAUUGUGCAAGCUGUACUGGAUUCGGUGACAUUGGGUCGAAGUACCAUUGCUGUUGCCCAUCGACUAACUAUCCGUCAAGCACACUUAUUUGCAGUUUUACUAGACGGUGUCAUCCUUGAGCAGGGUAAUCACAACGACUUGAUUGCAAGAGAUCCGGCUGGAGCCUAUUACGUCCUUGUUUACUCUCAAGCUGGGCCACAUUAG